UUAUGACUGGCUAUCAGCAGGGUGGUAUGUAACAGUAGCUGAGUACUUCACAAAUUACAACAAGCAUCGUAGGCCCACUUGUGCACGGGACAGAUGACGUUGACGGCUACAGCAGGCUGACUUCUAUUCACAUCCUCCUGGUAUCCAUGGAUCAUUAAUCAGUUUAUACUAGCAAGGAAAUCUUUGGUUAUCAUUGUUUAACUGGUGUUAAACGAAGCCGAUUAAUUUCUCUCCGAAAAUGUGGAGAUUACUUGGUGCUGUAUGCCCCUGUGGACGCAGAUCCUUCGAAACGAGCGACAGGCAAGGAACUGAUCAGAAGAACCCAGAAGCUCGUCGUCUUCUAACCAGCCAACAGAGUACGUCAUCAUUCCAGAACGUUACGCCUGAACAUCGUGUCCCCGUUAUGGCGACUGCGGCAAUCAGCGAGGGCUCGUUCCAGGAAAUUGAACCGCUUAACUCCACAAGAACUGCUGACUGGGAGAUAAGUGGAACUUCAGAGCCUGGACCAUCCUCUCCAACCUCACCAAUGAGUGAUGCUAUGAGGCCUACUUCACCUGAAGGGCUAAUGAGUGAUGAGGAAGACAUGGAAGGAAUUGAUGAUCCGAGAAAAAAGAAGCGAUUCAGACCGUUCAAAUCAAUACGAAAGCUUUUUAAAAAGAAAAGGACAUCAAAGUCCGAGGAUGAUAUUGAUGGUGCACUGCGGUCCAAGUCUACUGGUGAACUUAACCUUUCCGAUACAGAUGAAAGAAUGUUUGAUCCAAGACCUUCCUCAACAACUAUGACCAGUAGUCGAUCUGAAAGUAGUGUGUUUGUCCCGGAGCAAACUACACCAUUACGUGAGGGUGAAAGUUCAAAAUCUACAGAACAUAUAUCCAAAGACUUUGCAAAAGAUCUGUCUGCAAUGUUGGCUAGGAGGAUGAGCCCUGAUGAUAAGGGUGCUGUGAGGCCUCCCGCAGAAGAUGAUGUAGACAAGGCAACAACAGAGGAAACAAUGCAAGAGGAGGAGGAAUCACUGAAGGAAAAAAGUUUCAAUGAUACUGAUGUAACCAAUAAAACCCGAAGAGAGCCAUUUGCUGCCCGUAGAGUGAAAAGUAUGUCGGCUGCCAGCCCUUGGGCAGAGAAGAGGACUAGAUAUACUAGACCCUCAAAUAGUCUCGGAGAUACAGCAUAUUUGGAUUUGGAUGUUAUUCAAACAUCACCCAAUAGUCACCUUAGUCAUUCGGCAGCAAAACACAAGAUGUCGGUGAAGCCAAAGACACGUCGAGCAACGACAAGGGCCAGGAUAUCGUCUCAGAGAAAUAAUCCUGAACCAGCAUCCCAUGAUGCAUCAAUGAAUGAUAGUUCAUUUUCCAAUAACCUAGGGGACUCAAGUAUACUUUCAGAAACUACUGAAGAAAGUAGCACCUCUAGUUUACUAGGAAAUCAACAGGAACUUCCUGAGUCUCUACCACCAGUUGAUACACCAAUCAACGAGGACACAUUUUCAACAAUUUUGUAAAGUUGGGCAGUCUAUUCUUCUAUUUUGUGGUUUUUUGGUAACUGGGUAUCUUUCUUCUAACUCAUCUGUAGCUUCAUAGAUUUCAUUAACCUCAUGUUCCUUGUAACCAAGGAGAUAGUAAUAAUAACAAACUCAUUCCAUGUUGUAACUAGGGGAUAAACUGUGUAGUUACUUGGCAUGGAGAUGAGCCAACAUUUUUAAUUCAAUCAAUUCAUUUUGUGCAGUACCGUUACAUUCAUUCAUCAUCAAAUGCAGUUUUAUACUUAAAGUGAUUGCUAUUGAGUUGAUAAUUAUUCCUUUAUAUUGCUGCAUGUACGUGUUACUUCAUAUUAUGUAUUGUGUUUUUAUUAUCAUCAUUAUUAUAGUUAUUAAUAAAAAAAUUGUCAAUAUAACCUUCAUGAUUUAAAAAUGAUUACAUUAAUAUUCUAAGUAGUUUCACCUUUCUUUUGAGGGAACUUUACAGGUGUGUUUGAUAACCCCAGAGGCUUAGGAAAUGUGUCUGCUAUUGUUAAUUUCCCAUUCUCUUCUUCUAUUUCCUCAUUCUAAAUUACCUAGCUAAAAACAGAUUCAAUUAACAGUGGUUAGUUUACCUAAGCCUUCUAUUAAUUUGUUGUUUUUAUUAGUCAUCAGUUAAAAAAAAAAGAAAACUAUUAAUUUGUUGUCCCCACUUACCCACCCACCCACUUUCUUUUUUAUCCAACUCCUAAUUUUUCUUCCUUUUUUUCUCAGCAUUGAAAAUUUUCCUGUCUGUAGAAUAAUAUAUUGCUAAGGCUAGAUUUUGUUUAUACCUUGUUUAGCGAACCUGCUUCCCGCAAAUAAUGAUAAUUUUGAAUAAAAAUGAAAUUUUAUUUUUGGCCCAUUAGUGUACCCCACCACAAAAAAAAAAAU